AUGCCGCACAUCGAGUCACCAACUGAUUCCGCCGUCAUGCCUACUGUUGUCGCGAAGGGCCCCUCCGGUGUUCCCCCCACCACCGAAGAGAUUUCAUCCCUCCUCAACUCUAUUUUCAACGCCGAGUCAUCUCAGGUGUCCCUCGAUAACUCCUAUGCCUUGGCGAACCUGCUGAUUCAGGGUGCUGGCUGCGCUGGUCUCCUGAACUACAGUGUUUUGACCGAUGUCAAGAAGGCCGCCACCGAUAAGAAGAACGGAGCUCGCCGCGAGAGUGCCAUGUUGAUCAUCGCGCUUCCUCGCGAAUACCCCCUCAGUGAAGUCGUCUUCCUCCUGAAUGACGGCGGUAUUCUGAACGUGGUCCUGGACUCCCUCGCGGAUAAAGGCGCUGUUGUUCGCGAUGCUGCCCAAUACGCUAUCGACGCUCUGUUCGGUUGCCUGAGCCCCGAGGCCAUGGUGAAUGGGCUUCUGCCAUCCCUCGAGUCCUAUCUCAGCAAGGGCUCCGGCAAGUGGCAGGGUUUCGUUGGUGGGUAUGCCCUGCUUGAAAAAAUGGCCUUAAAGGCCCAGAUGGGCAACGGUACCAUGGAGGAAGAGCGCGACAAAGAUGUUCUGCGCGACGCUAUGGGCAAGACUUUGAAGACUUUGAUCCCCAUUGUCGAGUCUGGCAUGCACGACCUGAAGAGUGAAGUUACCAAGCAGUCCGUCAAGGCCAUGAACGCCCUGACCACUCUCCUUGACAACGACGACAUUCGCACUCGCAUCCCGCUUUUGAUUGAGUCUAUCGAGAAGCCCUUCGCCCAGACGCUUCAAAAGGCCAUCCACGCUCUCUCGCAAACCACAUUCGUCGCUAUUGUCACCUCACCCGUGCUCGCUCUCCUGACUCCCCUGCUCGAGCGUUCUCUCAACACCCCCACCACCCCCCAGGAAACUCUCCGCCAGACCGUUGUCGUUGUGGAGAACCUGACAAAGCUGGUUCACGACCCUGCUGAGGCCCGUACCUUCCUUCCCAAGCUUCAACCUGGUGUGAAGGGUGUCAUGGAUCGUGCCUCUCUUCCUGAGGUUCGUGAGUUGGCGACCCGUGCCCUCGAUGUUAUGGAGAAGGCCAUGGCCGAUAAAGAAGUUGCCAUGGGUGGCUUCUCAAAGACCACUGUAGACGAUGUCCUGGCUGUUCUUAACCCCAAGAUCCAGGAGCACGGUGGUCUCACUGGCUUCGGCGAUGUCAAGUUCCUUGAUCUGGCCAAGAACUUCAUUGCCGGCAUGAUCCGUGAGGAUGUCAACUGCCGCAUGCUGGAUCGCAUCCCCUCUUCCCUUGGCCCGUAUCUGCGUGGUCUGCUCGCGGAUGACCAGGUUGAUGCUCUUGUCUCUGCUGUCAAGGCCCACUUCGUCGCCGAGGAUGAGCGUAUCUUCGGCAAGCCGGCUCAGACUGACCCCAACGAGAUUGUCAUUGUUAACGCCAACUUUUCUCUCGCCUACGGUGGUAUGCUUCUCCUGAACCACACCAACCUGCGCCUGGUCAAGGGUCAUCGUUACGGACUUUGCGGUCGCAACGGUGCUGGAAAAUCAACUCUUAUGCGCAGCAUUGCCAAUGACAAGCUCGAGGGCUUCCCUCCUCCCGACGAGGUCCGCACUUGCUUUGUGGAGCACAACCAGGGUGAGGAUGCCGAUCUCACCAUCCUGGCUUACGUUUCCAAGGACCCUCAGAUCGCCCUCCAGGGCGAAGAGCACAUCAAGGAGGUUCUUCUUGAGUUCGGCUUCACCGAUGGCCCCGAGGGUCGCCAGUCCCAGCCUGUCGGCUCCUUGUCCGGUGGUUGGAAGAUGAAGCUCGCUCUGGCCCGUGCCAUGCUCAUGAAGGCCGAUGUUCUCCUGCUCGACGAACCUACUAACCACUUGGAUGUUGCCAACGUCAAGUGGCUUCAGGAGUACCUGAAGAGACACACUGACAUCACCAGUUUGAUUGUUUCUCACGACUCCGGUUUCCUUGACGAGGUCUGCACCGAUAUCUACCACUACGAGCAGAAGAAGCUUGUCUGUUAUCCCGGUAACCUUGCCGCUUUCGUCAAGGUCAAGCCUGAGGGCAAGAGCUAUUACACUCUUUCUGCAUCCAAUGUGCAGUUCAGAUUCCCGGCUCCCGGUAUCCUGUCGGGUAUCAAGUCCAACACUCGUGCUAUCCUCCGUAUGACCAACUGCACAUACACCUAUCCCGGUGCCACCAAGCCAUCUCUCCAGGAUGCUUCUCUCUCACUUUCUCUUUCCUCCCGUGUUGCCAUUAUCGGUGGAAACGGUGCUGGAAAAUCCACCUUCAUCAAGAUGUUGACUGGUGAGACCAUUCCCCAGGGCGGCAAGGUCGAGAAGCACCCCAACUUGCGUAUUGGUUACAUCAAGCAGCACGCUUUGGAGCACGUUGAGAUGCAUUUGGAGAAGACUCCCAGCCAGUACCUGCAGUGGCGGUACGCUAACGGUGACGAUCGCGAGGUCUUCCUCAAGCAGACCCGUAUCCUGACCGACGCCGAUAAGGCCCAAUUGGACAAGCCUAUCGAUUUGAAGGAUGGCCGUGGAGAGCGCAAAAUUGAGGCGCUCAUUGGUCGUCAAAAGUGGAAGAAGUCCUUCCAGUAUGAGGUCAAGUGGGUUGGCUGGCUCCCCAAGUACAACACCAUGAUCUCUCGCGAGACUUUGACCGAGCUGGGCUUCUCCAAGAUGGUCCAAGAAUUUGACGAUCACGAGGCUUCGCGUGAAGGUCUUGGUUACCGUGUUCUGGAACCCAAGGUUAUCUCCAAGCACUUCGAGGACAUCGGUCUCGACCCCGAAAUUGCCAACCACAACGAGAUCUCUGGUCUGUCCGGUGGUCAGAAGGUCAAGGUCGUGCUGGCUGGUGCCAUGUGGAACAACCCUCACUUGCUGGUUCUUGACGAGCCGACUAACUUCUUGGACCGUGACUCCCUCGGUGGUCUGGCCGUUGCCAUCCGUGACUUCAAGGGUGGUGUUGUCAUGAUUUCUCACAACGAAGAGUUUCUGCACAUUGCCGAUGGCCGUGUCGUUAGCCGCACCAACAACGCCGUCGCCCUCGAUCGCUUCGAGGACAGCGCGACCAACACGCCUUCUGGUGCCGCUACUCCCGCUUCGGGCAACACUAGCGCUGCUCCUUCCGCUGCUCCAUCCGCCGUCAACUCUGGCGAUGAGCAGGGCGAGUUGAAGUUCCGCGCUAAGAAGAAGAAGAAGAUGACUCGUGCUCAGCAGAAGGAGCGUGAGACUCGCCGCCGUCUCCGUCACAUCGAAUGGCUUAACUCUCCCAAGGGAACUCCAAAGCCCGUUGACACCGACGAUGAGGCAUAA